UGGUUACUGGUUAUAUAAUCGUUUUAAUUUUUAUCAUCAAUAUUGAUAUUAUCAGCCAUUUUUAGUAAAUGAUGACAAUCCUAUAUAUUUAAUUGAAUUUGUUAGUUGAUUAGUGUUGAGUUCUACCGAUAAAAAUUGGCCUGUCUUUUGUAAUUGUCAGAAUGCUGAAUGCUCCUGCAGCAGAGCGUAAUAAGAACGCUAUUUUAUCCAUUUUAAGAAAAGUGCUUUCCCCUGACAAACAGUUAAGUGCCUUAGAAGUCGCUUCGGGAUCUGGACAGCACGUUACUUGGUUUGCUCAAAACUUUCCAAAUAUUACAUGGCAGCCGACUGAGUAUGAUGCUGAUUCACUGAAGUCAAUUGAUGCCUACCGCGAAUCUUGUGAACAAGCCAAAACUAGAGUCAAACCAGCGCAAUUAGUCGAUAUAACCCAACCUAUCGAAUGUUGGCCACAACAAGUAGCUCAGCAACGUUAUGAUUUCAUUUUGAAUAUCAAUAUGAUCCAUAUAUCUCCUUAUACAUGUACCAUUGGUCUAUUUCGUGCUGGAGCUGAGCUAUUGAAAAACGAUGGUUUAAUAAUUUUGUAUGGACCGUUUGCUGUGGAUGGUGUUCUUAGUCCUGAGAGUAAUGUUGCUUUUGAUCGAAGUUUAAGAUCUAGGGAUCCAGAUUGGGGUGUUCGAGAUACUCGAGAUGUUAUUCAAACUGGAAAACAAUUUAAUUUCAAAUUCAUGCAAACAUUUGAAAUGCCUGCAAACAACAAAAUUUUAAUUUUCCAAAAGUCAUCAUAACGUUAUCAAGGCAAUAGAAAUUUAUUAUACAUUCAAUGAACUUGUGAAUGUAUGAAAUAUUCAUAAAUAAACUCCAGUUCUGGAUUAAAAAGUGGCCAACGCAAAUGCUCUUAUAACUUCAAGCUGAUUCAUAGGAAUGAGUGGAGUAAGAAAAGAAGCAAUGAGCAGCAUGUAACAGAGAUGAAACAAAACCAAAUAUCUGUAAGAAAAUUUAAGGAUCAGUAACAUUAAUAAAAUAACCUAAAGGUGCCAAGUAUUACCGCUGCAAUUUUAUAUGCUGUUAGUGAUGUAUCAGACAAAAAUGAGACGGACCAGAGAGCACUGAUGACGAACAAGAGGGAAGCAAUUCCAUGAAAAACAUGAUCCUAGAUGAAAAUAAAGUUUAAUUCAAUUGGUGUUUUCAAGAGGCUAAUUAGAACAUACCAGAUGUGAUGUUGAUAAAAGAGCAACUGUAGUGCUUGAAAACAAACAGCAUAAUAACAUUACAUUAAGUGUAUAAAAAUGGAUCCAAUUAACUACAUAAAGAAACAUCACUGCAUCGGAAUAACAUCUAAUUUCACUAUGUUUUGUCGACAUCAGUAUGAUUGAUAACAUCGAAAGUACCUGUUGUAAGAGUAAAAAUACAU